AUCUCAGUUUCGCAGCCUCCCUUCCGCGGUCCGCAUCAACUCUGGUUCACGUCGCUGGCGCAGAGGUGUGUCGUUUUAUCAGUGUUUCUUUCGUCGUGUCGUGCACCUUGAAACCUUGAAAUACACACGUCAGUCCAGUUUAAUCGCCGGUGGAACGGGGAUCCCGCGAUUGGGGACGAUCUCCACGAGAGAUUCUCUUCGCGGCGCGGCGCAGAGACCGAAAUUGCGGAGGAUCAAGUGGAAAAUCGGAAAAUCGGCUCGUUCGACUUAACCGCGCGACGUUCGAUCACUGGGAGUAUGUUAUCUGUGCUAUAGGUGAUCCAGCAAGGACUGGCAAGGACAAUGGUGCGCGAUCAGGAGCUCCCCACGCGCGUUACUUGAAGCGGUACUCCCGGGAGCGAAGCAGCAAGAAUGAGCGACGUUCGCUUGGCAGCUAACGAACACCAGCAGGAUCGUCGUCCACGGUGAGAUUGAACCGAGAAGCUCUAGCUGAGCGUGCCGCGCAGCGACAGGGGUCGCGGAGACAGACAAGAGCAAACGAGAUCCUCCCAUCCCCUCGCAGCGAUUUCUUCGCCCUUAAUCCACCGGCGCAACCAAGCGGUGGGAGGAACCAGCAACCACCGACGGAGGUUGAACCCAAGGAUUUAUCAAGGAUUCGUUUCGUCUCUCAACGAGUCUCUAUCGUUUCUGCUCUCCUCAGAACCGCGAUACGGAAACGGCCCCCAGGCCGUCCCUGGUGAAUCCGGGUUCGGUGAAUCCUGUUCACAGUUCACCGACAGACCGUCUACAAGAUGUUCCUGUACGCGUGACGAGACUGGUCGUUCGUUAAUCGUUCGAUAUGACGUCGGUGAAUCGAGUCGAGCGUCCGUCUUUGAAGAGAACUUGAGUGGCCACCGGAUAGGGUAAAUUACAGUUCCGUGGCUCGGAUCGGAUCGAUGAUCGUCCCUCUGGAGAGAUGCGAAGCCCGUACCGUAGGAACCGCGUGGCCGUCGCAAGGAACUCGAUUUUAGGUCCUCGCUCGUUUACAUUCCCCAGCGAGUGGCUGUCGCCCGGCGUACGGGUCUAAUCGGCGCGUCGUAAGUCUAAAUUGAAUCGUAAUUGCGAAUCGGAUAUUGGACCGUGUCCGAAGUGAUAGGAUCGAUGAGCAGGAACUAGCCGGGACGAGUAUCUCGGUGGAAUAACGGUGUCGCGGUUGCCAGUGCGGCGAAUCCUCGACGGUGGUGAUAUGUCAGCGUAGGGUCGGCAAAGAUGAUGAGCGAGCUGAACGCGACGAAGGUCGUCGAGACCUCGAACACCACGAUGAAUCUCGUAUCGACGAUAUCGUCGUCGCCGCCUAGCGCGGUCGCAGCCGCGAUUAGCGCUGGCACGGCGAUCCCGACUAAUCCGUCCACGACAGUAACGGGUGGAGCUGCGGUGACCAGCACCCCUAAGCCCGACCAUCACGUCUACAACACGACCGGAUACCUCGUGGAGCACGACGAGCUCGAUCACAGUAUACUCGCUGGUUUCUCAGACAUACAAACAGUUUUCCUAGCGUGUAUCUCGACGCUGCUGCCUCUGAUCGUCGCGCUGGGAAUCGCCUUCGGCGUCAGACACGUAUGGAGGAAAUAUCGGAACAGACGAGACAGCUCGAGUGGAUUGCCCUGGUACAGGAGUGUUUGCUCUAGAGACAAUACCGCCGAAUCCUUGCGUCAUCGGCCCCACUCGGCAAGCACGACCAUUCAGUCAGCCACGCGGAUUCUCUCUGCACAGGACCUGGUGAACGGCCUCGAUGGACCCAGGUAUAUCUGCGAGACCGAGGUCAUGGAGGAAGUGAGCGUGGCGAACGCUGUCCCGAUGGAAUGUACUCCUCCAGGGAAUCAUACUAAUAAAAACGCCAAUGGGAACAUCAUCACCCUCACCCUCAAGAACAAUCACCUCAUCGUGGAGACGGAGGAACGAGCAGUGACGAUGGAGGAUAAUAAAACCCGCAGGUACCAAGAUAACGGGUGCUCGUUCGUGGUGGAGGUGCAGUCUAGCUACAAAGGCGACGAAACGGAGGGCAAUAAAGGAUCCUCCGACGACAUGACCGCUAGCGUCACCGAUCAACAGGCCCUGGUUCACAGAGAAGAAAUUCCGGAGGAUCGAUCGCCGGGUUUCGAGAACACGAGACUAUUUGGGAGCACGAACACCGGUCUGUCGCAGUCUGAUCUCUCGAUCUCUAGCCAGGGUUCGGUUAAUCCCAGCUAUCGUUAUGGAAAUCAGGUGGAGUACGAUGCGGGCCAUCUGGGCUACCCAAUGUACGGGGGUAGUUACGAGUCCGAUACCCUGUCCAGGAAACUCGAGGGUGGCUCCAAAUGGGUGGAGUUCGAUAAGUCGCCUGACACCGAGAAGACGCUGCUAAACGUCUCGAAAACGUCGAGUAUCGAGAAGGACACCGAGGAAAGCCCCUCGAUGCAAAGUAAGCAGAACAACCUGGACGCCUCCCAGGGAUCCGGGGGAUCGAUGGAUCAGCAAGAUUCCACGGACGCGAGUGUCUCCACGGACACGGUGCGCUCGAACCCCAACCUCCAGGUGAACGGCACCACCCCGAACAAGCUGGAGAUCAUGGAGCAGAAGGCGUUGAGCAACGACUUUGGCAAAUCGGAGACGGCCAACAAGCCGGUGAUCACCGGCGCGUUGCUGAAGGACGACGUCCAGGAGGACACGUUCCAGGAGCAGCAACGGAAACUGGGUAAUGGGACCCUGACGCCCGAGCACAAAGAGGACAGGCCGAAGGAUCAGAAACCGGAAGCGAGCGCAUUCGUGCCUAGUCACAAGCGCAGCGGGAGCAUUCCGCCGCGACUGAUCGAGGAGAGCCUGGAAUUGGACCGGAAGAAGUCGCUGGACAUCUAUAGUCAGAUCAAGACCAGCACCAAGAGCAUACUUCCGGGUCUGAGCCCGAAGUUCGAGCUCCUUCAGAACGAAGUGAGCCCCAUCGAGGAGAAGGAGAGUUAAUGGAGACGGCCCGUCGUCCCAUCGUGUUCCGUCUCAGGGUGAAAGCACGACAUCGAAUCGAGCAUCGAGAGACGCCCCUUCGAGGACAUGCAGCGUCCCUUUGCCGCGGCGAUUUUCUACAAGAUCACUCGUACGGGGCAGAAUCAAAAUAAAUCACGAACCGGAAGAUCCCGUUUCAGGCAGAAACGCUUUUUAUUUAACCCCGCGCAUUUAAUUUUGGGACAGUGGUCGGGUGUGAAUUUGUGCACGACGCGCCUGACUCGUGAUUUUCACGUUCGGGGCGGAAUAGCCCGAUAACACGAGUUGGACGCGUAGGUGAGGGGGUUAACAAACAGCCAACACUCAUUGUAGAUAUUUCAUCAACGCCAACGCAUCCACGGGCGUCUCUUCUCUCUGCUGGUUCCGGGAACUUCCAUCUGUGGCCCACUUCGGGAAUUUGCGCGAUAUAGGGGAGAAAAAGGGCAAUUUCAUCGGGUGAUACGACGUCGUCGCCGUAACGGGCUCGCUCGAAGAAUUCUGCGGGAAAAAUGGUCGAAGGGAAAUAGGGAAGGAAAGAAACGGAGUUUGCCUAUGGCAGGUCGGGGAAGAAAAUUGGUGACAAGGAUCGAUUCGAGCGGAAGAAGGUGGCAGUGAUCGAGACAGAUUGGUCGUAUGCUGUGGAAACUGUGUUUUGUAGAUCCAACGUUGUGGGCGUUGUGUAGUGCUUCGUGUAGUACCUCAGCGCUAGCUUUGAUCCUCUAUCGCUGUCUGACAGCGAGCAAAGGACGAACAAGAACAUUAACAAGAAGAAGGAAAGGAAGGUUCAACGAUGUGGCUAUUGUGGUGCUUCAUGUAGUUCCUCAACCCUAGCUCUGAUCCUCCAUCCCUGUCUGACAGUAAGUCAAAGAAGAAGAAGAAGAAGAAGAAGAAGAAGGAAAAGAAUAUUAGCUUUUGGUUAUUUCUCUCUUAUCAUUAGAUAGGCUUCAAUUAACACUUAGUAAGUCAUCUUCGCGAAACUCACAAAUAUAACCAUUGAAUUAAAAGACUUAUUUUAUAAAUAUGUCUACUAAUUUCCCAGAAAAAUACUAGGAAUAUAACUAAAGUAAAAUCUUCUAUAUAAACAGAAAAUUCACUAGACACCGAAUCGCAAAAUAAUUUUACUUAACCAACGAUUAAGCUUGUACAUUUUCUAAAGAUGGCUAAAAAUUGAAAUAAGCAAACAUCGACAGCCUCGUACAAAGCCAUUUAAAAUUCUUUCUAAUUUUCGCGGAUACAAGCCUCUCUAUCAAUACCCCUUUGUAUCAUCAGCCCAUCUGCGCACACGUACAUGGCGCACACUUUGUAUUCCGGUUAAAUGCUCUUAGGGGACUCCUUCCCAGGGCGUGUAAUAAACGAACUUUCUUCCUUUCUCUCUCUCUUUCUCUCUGUUCAAGCAGUCGGACGUACCAAGCCGCCAAAUUUACCAAAGCGAGGAUAUACGAACCGCGGAGAACAAUCGUCGGCUAACGAACUCGACGCGCCGCUGCGAAUUCCGCACCCGUGGCUCUACGACCGCAGCUGAGCUCGAAUAUCGCGCAAAACACGAUGCACGAGCCCACGAUUGUUUGCCAAGAGGGACCAGGGACCUCUAUUUCGCGAGAAAAAAGCGUGCCGCUCGUUUGAAACACGGCUGAACAGCGACGCCAGAGGGAAACUGCGAGACUGGUUGGAUAACCGGAUGAGAGAGGGAUAGAGUCGGGACAAAGUCGGCUGGGAGGCUCAAGGACAGUUCCCCCACUGCGAAUCACGAUUGUCACGACUGCUGCUUCCGUGACGGUCGGUUGCCUAACUGUGCGAAAUGUAAAGCGGUGCUAAAGAGCGGUUGACGAAGAGUAGUGGGUGGAGGGGCGUAGAAUAACGGCGGUGGGGAAUGGCCUUCCGUGGCUCAAAGCAGCCAAAUUAGGUCGCCUCGACCUGGGCCUGGGCGCGUACUACACAGGAGGCUUGCCAAACUUAAUUUACAGAUGAUUUUUGCAUAUUUUAUGACAGUUUAAAAUGUUUAUAUAUUCCUUUAUAGACAACUCCGAUCUCCCUUGAUAGAAAUUAAUAUCCAAUAGAAGUUGUGAAUCUACAAAUCAAUUAUAUCAUUUACGUUUCGAUAUGUCUCAUAAAAUCUUAUAGAUCGAGUUACUUUUUAGAAUGCCUAACCAGAACAGUUUACCGAUCGUCUGACGGUAUGCGCUCAGUAUCGCGGGUUGACCAGACAUUUCGAACACGACGUUUCCCAGAAUGAGAGGGCCACAAUGGCGACCAAUUCUUUCCAACCUUUCGAAAUAAUCGUUGAAAACAAAGCCGUCACAGUCGCCGGCAACCUGCGCGAUUUGCAUUUGAAAACUGAACCGGUGCAGCCCGUUUCUACUCGGAAGACGAAUACAGAGUGUUCUAAAAUAGCUACCGCGGUCUGAAAAGAGACACUUUUUUUCCCCGUUCGAGUUCCAGCAAGUUUGGGACGGUCUAGCAUUUCCAAUCCCCAUUUAGCAUUCUUCGUCACCUUCUCCGUUCACAGAGGAUUUCCUCGAUGGAGUUCAUCGCGGGGGAAAGCUCACAUUUCGUUUCGCGUGGUUUUUGGAUACGAGAAGCAGUUUCUUGAGCGACGGUAGCAUCGACUUGGUCGAUGGAUGCCUCAAACUCAGAGGGGCCGAUCGAGAGAGUCUUCGAGCGACAUUCAUAAUCUUUUUAGCGUGUAUGAGUAAGCAUAUGCCGAAUUUUGUAAGCGGUUCUAGGAAUCGUAGCGACAGGUUCCGCUCGAUCGACACGUACACGGACGCAUACUUACAUAGAUACAGACGCAAAUGAUCGAUUGGUUAACGAACGAUUAUCUCGAAAAUUAUUAUGUUUUGUCCGAUUUGAAAAAUUCAUCGAAGUGGUAUUUUCACUUUUUCAUGUUACGAAUGGAAUUUCACUGUGAAAUCUAUUCCAAAACGUACUAUUUUCGGGGGACCGAUCAAUUGUCUGUGACUGCACGUACAUCCAUACACAUGCAUACAUACGCAAACAGACCCACACACACACAGUUUUACAAACGAAUCAGAUUAACUAAGAAUUUUCUAUUGUCCUAGACCGUAGGUACGAAAUAGCAGGUAAUUAAGCAUCGUAAUUGAAACGCUAUUAAGUGUCCAGACCGGUAGAAUUUAAGACUCGGGAGCUUGGCCAUCGAGUUUCCGAAAGAACGAACGCGCUUAAAGACGACUCGAGCCGAAUUUCGAUGGCCAGGCUCGUUUUUAGCAGGUUCUGUACGCCCGAGGUAGCUUCAUCUAAGAUUUAAACUUCGGAGAUAAAUCAGAACCAGUAAACGAUCCUAGGUAUAUAGUAAUUCGUAAAAAAAAGAAAAAUCAUACGUUAAGCGCGAGAUCGGCGACUCGAGGUGGUCGAGCACACAGAGGCUUAAGAUUAACGCUACCAAAGUGGAUUCUAGUGCCAAAAUAGUUCCUUAAGGUUUACUCGAGAGCAACUCGACAAACGUAUGCCGAACGACUAUACUCUUGAUGAUCUUAUUUAUUACUUGUGCGUUUUCGAGCAAAUGCUGCGUUACCAAUAUUUCAGAUUUUAUACGCUUCCGUUGAUUAGUGCGAACGUUUGUUGUUGAUACGGUGCUACUGCGUGCGAAUCCACGUGACGGGGACGCGAACCUCGUUCCGCGUUCGUCGCGCCCCAUUGGCGAUUAGGCGAGCCGUGAUCAGGCGAGGAUUUACGUCAGCGGUGCACAAAACAUUUUUCGGUCGGUGAGCCAAAUGAGACCUUAAUAAGCUAAAUAUUUCUCCCGAUGCAGAGACAAUUAACUUCUGGAAUUGAAAUUCAAUUAUCUCGAGUAAAGCCACGAUUUGGAAUACGAACAUUACUCGAAGAACUUAUUACAAAAUUAAAUAGACUUCGAUAUUUUUUAUAUUAUUAAAUAAUCGAAGAGGUAAGAUCGUUUAACUUUAAUUAUCAAAUUAAAAAGACUCGGAUUUUUACGUUAUUAAAUAAUCUACAGCAGGAGCAAAGCAAAAGAUCACUUAAACUGUGUCUAAUUUCGUUUUUUGAGCCAGAUAAAAUUAACAAUUAGAUUCAAUAAACCCAUUGUGCACCUCUGAUCUACGUCCUUUCGACUGCGUUUUGGAAACGAAAAUGGUUGGUCUUAAUGACUACUGGACACUGUUUCCAAAAAAGGAAGUUUCGCGAUUGGAAAGUUAAAAAAUAUCCGAGACUUUGCCGAAUUUAGCAUACAGUAAUGCUAGUAGCGUAAUUAUAUUUCGUUUGGCAAUAAAAUGAGGGAGAAAAUACCCACUGAGAAUAAUUGAGUUUCCAAAUUUAUUUAUUAAUUUACAAUCUGUGAUGCUAGAAGUAAAAGAUGUUACAAGGCAGUUAAUUAAAAAUGUAUUUGAAAUAAAAUUUAGUUGGUCUGGGAAUGAACAAUUAUUAUUUGAGUUAGUUAUUAACAAGGGGUAAUAUGUCAUUCACAAACGAAAAGUAAUUCGUUUGAGCAACGUUUCUGCAAAGUUUCGAAUUUUCAAAAAAUGUUCGAAUUGCCAAACUUCCCUUAUAAUUUCGCUAAAAAUCACUAUCCGAGCCGACGAAAGCGAUCACCAUUACACACUCAUCGAAUAGAUGAUAGACUAUAGCGCAUCUAGGAAUUAAGCACACCAUACGUAAGAAUUUAGACGUAAUCUCGAUCCCCGAAUCGAAUCGAUUAUUCAUUCCCCGACUCGCACGCGUUCCUACGUUCGAGUCUCUCCCCCAGCUUCUUCACAGAGAUGGGCAAAAUUGUCACCUGGAUAUCAAAUUUCGAUUAACGAGUAAAAGAUAUGUCACCGUUGAUCGGUUUAUUCGAUCAAAAUUUCAAUCUCAAUUAUGUUGGGUGAGUUAAAGCAAAGAAAUUAAAUGGUUUUGAAGCUUUUGUGAAAUUUUAUACUUCUUAGCUUAAUAAAUAUAUGAGUACAGUUCAGAUCGAUGUUUACGUAUAGUAGAAAUUUUAUUAGUCGUUCCGAGUGUUAGAACAAUUUUUGUUGUACUCUGAAAAUCUGAAUAAAAGAUAUUAUCUUUCGAAGCACGAUGCUGAUGAGCGGAUUGCAAAAUAUAAUUUGUGAUUUGUUUUAGUAAAAUAAUUUCCUAAUCAGUUAUAACAUUGAUAAAAUUGCGAAACAACGAUAAAUCGGUAAUCUGAACAACUACCGACUCACUCAAAUAACAUUACGAAUAAAUCACUGUUCGCAGUAUCCAUUCAUCUUUUAUUCGAGUCAAAUUCUGCCCAUCGCUGCUUUCACACACCGCUAAGGAAUAAGUCUAGUUUCCAGGAUUAGCGAUUCUCGUGUGGCUGUCGAUAGGUGGUGUUAGAGGUCUAACUGUGAACAAGCAUAAAUUUUAUAUAAGACCUGAAUGUCACGCGUAUUUCUAGAAAUAAUUCUCACCAAGUAGCUGGUCGCGUAGCAGGUCGAUCGAUCGACCGAUUUAGGUCGUUUUGUCGUCGAUCACGGACGGUCUGGGAACACGUCGAAUGCCGAGGAACCCUCGCGGAGGGGACAAUUCCGUCGUAACGGAACCAGACGUGCACCAGACGAUUCGAGUUCGACGCGUGAUCGAGUUACAAUUUGUAAGAGGAGACCAUUCUCUCUGUUCUUUGACGCAACGCUCUGGUAUUCUAUCGCAUCGCGCAUCACGAGUUCGUAAGGACGCAUUAGAGAUAAUUACUUGUAGAGACUCGUCUACGUAAGACUCGAUUAACGAUUAAGCGAGACGCGGAUCCCCUCGUGGGGGAUCCUGGCACACAACCGUUCCAUAUGAUCAAUUAAAUUCGAAUCGUAGUUGUUAAGCGAAUGGUGGACAGAGAGCAGUCAGUUUAAACUUGGAGGGCACGGAUGAAUAUUGAGCUUUCGAUCGCACCUAUUACGUUCUCUCACGUUCAGCUAUGUUCCAGCACGACAUCCACCCCCUGUCCUUCGUUUUGUCCUAUCGCUAACCCCGCCUAGGGGCAGAUCGAGACGAAUCCACUGGCCGUAUGAGGCGAACUUUGUCCAUCGUGCUGCAUAGUUGUACGCCCGAGGCACACGCGCAAAGUCAUUUUAGAAGGAACAUGUGGACGAUUCAUUUUCGCUAAGGUACCACGUUGUAUAUGUCAAUUUAUUUUGCAAAAUAAACCAUUGGACACGA